AUGACCGUGUCCAGGGCCGUAUUUUUGAGGAACGAAUUCGUGGUCUUCGAGGACAAUCCGCGCUACGUGGACACGCUCAACACGCACGAGCUCGAGUUCAUCAGGAAAGUGAUCCCCGACGCGCUGAUGCUCCUCCUCGCGCGACCCGGCGCCGACGUCUGGUUCUCGGCGCUCGAAAUGAGCGCCGACGACUACCGAGACUGUUCUCCGCUGCUCCCCUACGGUGAUCGCUACUGCGACGUCGGAGCCGUUCGCGCCGCCGCCGACGCGCGCCAGAUUCUCGACGAGGGCUCUCAACGCGCGGCGGCGAUGGAGCGGGACUGGGCGCGCGGGGACGUGAUCAGUCUGCGCGAGCGGGCGGGCGUCUACGUCGCCAAGGGGGGCUACUUCUACGCUCUGCGCCACCUCUGGCACACCUGGCCGCGCGAACAGACGCUCGUCCUCGAAUCGGCGGCCGUGUGGGCGCGACCGCGCGAGAGCUACGACGCCCUGGCCCACGCCCUUGGGCUGAACUUCACCAUCAGCCUCGUCGAGGACACGAGGACGCGCCCCGAUCGCCAGGACGACCCAAAGUGCCCAAAAGCCAAAGUCCGGGCUAUGAAGCGGCUCGUAUCCGAGUGCGACCUGAAGAUGCCGUACCGCUGCGCAUGCUUCCGGUCGACGGACGCGGCCACGACGAAGCCGGAGAUCACGAAGAACACGUCGACGCCCGCGAAGCCGGCCGGGUACGACGUGGAAGGCGACGACCGCCGCUACGGCCGCGGCGCGGAGGCCGUCGACAUCCGCGCGGAAUCCUAG